AUGAGUAUCUCUCCAGCUGAAGUGAGAAAGCAUUCGACGAAGGAUGAUUGCUGGAUUAUCAUCCACGGAAAGGUUUACGACAUUACACUGUUUGUAACCAAACAUCCUGGCGGUUCAGCGAUACUUUUAAAAUAUGCUGGGAAAGAUGGCACUAAAGCGUUUGACCCAAUUCACCCAAUUGAUAUCAUUGCUCGUUUCUUACCCCCUGAAUGUUGCUUAGGGGAAGUUGAGGUGACUACGAAAAGUUCCCUUAAGGGGAAGACAAAAGAAGCCAAGACGGAAAAGAAGAGUGAAACAGAAGAAGAUGAUAUUGAAGAUGAAGUGGGAUGUCCAGAUGAUGAAUGGAGUGUUGAAUAUGACAGAAUGCAUAUAUCAAAAAGCAAAAAUGAUGCUCACAAUGGAAAAGUCAGCAAUGAAAAUACCAAUAACAGUGGUAGUAACAACGGUGAUGAUGAUGAUGAAGACGAUGAUGAUGAAGAUGAUGAAGAUAUAAUUGAAAGACGAAAGUAUAAUAAGGCAAAGCCUCCACUUUCACUGAUUUAUAAUCUCCAUGAUUUUGAAUUUGUAGCUCGUCAUGCUAUGGAUAAAAUAGGGUGGGCAUACUAUUCAUCUGGUUGUGACGAUGAAAUUACCCUUCGAGAAAACCAUCUUUCUUAUCAACGUGUGCUUUUUAAGCCUCGGAUCCUUAGAGAUGUUACUGAAGUUAAUACAUCUACAACCAUGUUAGGCACCAAGACGUCUUGUCCCUUUUACAUCACAGCUACUGCUUUAGGAAAGUUGGGCCACGAAGACGGGGAAAAGGUACUUACCCGUCAAGCUGCAAGACAAGAUGUAAUUCAAAUGAUACCAACAUUGGCCUCAUGUUCCUUUGAUGAGAUAGUGGAUGUGAAACACCCACUGCAAACUCAAUGGUUCCAGCUUUAUGUGAAUCAAGACAAACAAGUUACCAAGGAAUUAGUGCAGCAUGCUGAAAAAAGAGGUGUGACAGCAUUAUUCAUUACUGUUGAUGCUCCACAAUUAGGUAGAAGGGAAAAAGAUAUGCGUUCUAAGGAUUUUGAGGACUUGUCUCACGUUCAGGAUGAAAAUGAUAAUUCUAUUGACAGAUCACAAGGUGCUGCUAGAGCAAUUAGUUCUUUUAUUGAUACUGGGUUGACUUGGGAACUGAUCAAAUGGUUCCGUCUGAUCACUAAAAUGAAAAUCUUACUUAAGGGGGUUCAAUGUGUUGAGGAUGUCUUAAUGGCAGUUGAACAUGGAGUCGAUGGUGUUGUUCUUUCCAAUCAUGGAGGAAGACAGUUAGAAUAUUCUCCAUCUCCCAUUGAAGUUCUUGCAGAAGUUGUACCUAUUCUUAAACAAAGAGGUGAUUACGAAAAGUUGGAAAUUUACAUUGAUGGUGGUGUUAGAAGAGCAACUGAUGUGCUUAAAGCAAUUUGCUUAGGAGCAAAAGGUGUGGGCAUCGGACGUCCAUUUUUAUAUGCUAUGAGCACUUACGGGGAUGAUGGGGUGUAUAAGGCUAUUCAAAUUUUAAAGGAUGAGAUGAUAAUGAACAUGCGUUUGCUAGGAGUGAAUACUAUCGAUCAGUUGAAUGAACUGUAUAUUGAUACUAGAAGAAUGAACAGAUGUAUUCCUGGAGAUAACUUAUUUGAUACAGCAUAUGAACGGUUGAAGAACCCUGGUUUUAAGCUUUAG